AUGUCAUUCACGGAUCAAAGACCCUCCUGGCGCGUGGCAACUAAACUUGAGCAAAGAAGCUUGCUGCUUGCUGUGAACUGCGUUGCUGGUCUUGCCAUUUAUUUUUUCGGUAUGCCCUCAGAAACUAGAUUCAUCGGCCCUCAUUGCAAUAUUUCAAAUUCUCCAGGGUACGACCAAGGCAUGAUGGGAGGCGUGAACACUUUGUACGACUAUGUUAAUACUAUGAAGUUUGGUUUUAUCAAAGCCAAGGGCACGGUCGUGGUUAGAGACACCCUUCUCCAAGGCGGUAUUGUUUCUGUCUAUUAUUCGGGUACGCUCAGGAUCAAGAGUCUUGCUAUUGCCUGUGUAUGGGGAAUUAUCGGUGCCUUAUUGCAAUGCUCGGCUCAGAAUUCCAUCUGGAUGAUUUGUGCGAGUCCCAGUCAACGGGAUAGGCACUGGGAUCCUCAAUGUCAUGGUCCCGAUCUGGGCAUCUGGGAUCACAGAAUAUAA